GAUCGUAAAAUUCGUUGGUAGUUUACAAAUUGUUCUUUUUAUUCCAAUGGCCGAGAUUCUUGAGGAAUUCGAUCAGCCAUCUCCUUUACCAGUAGUAUUUUGCCAAAAAAUUCCACUUGAAGAAUAUGAUCAGCACUCAGCAAAAACUACGCGGGCUGCACUGCAAGAAUUGAUGAAUCAUCUUGAUUCAAACCCGGACGAAUAUUAUAAGAUCGUGCGACGAAAGAAAGCUGACAAUCUAAAGUUGCUGCAGUUCAUGAAAGUAAAGGUGAUGAACAAACUGCAAGAUGGUUACUUGGAGAAAUACUUUCCCCCUGAACAGUGUCAGGAAGACCUCGAAAAUUUAAAGCAUGAAAUGGCUUCCGCUUAUGACUAUGCUCAAGAUGGCAAGAAAACAGGUGUCAGGUUCUCUAGAAGGCUGGCAGAAAAAAGAAAACUCAAAGAUCCUUUAGCCUCAAGCACCCCAAGAAGACCAGCACCAAGUGCACCUCCACCCCCUCCACCACCACCACCUCCUCCUAUCAUUAACAUGUCUACAACUUCACAAGAGUUUAUUUCUCCAGUGACUCUAAACAUUCCUGUCAGGGUAAAACAAUCAGAUUUCCCUGAAACACCUUCGGGAACUUUUAGUCAUGAAAGAAGACUGUUGCAGGCAAUAAGGAAUGUCUCACCAAGGAGAAAACUGCGGGACAAAGCCUCUGAGCAGACCAAGCCUGCGUCAUCAGAAUUGAAAGAAAAUAAUGUCAAUAACAAUGCAAGUAUACAGUCAAUGAAAACUUCAGUGAUAGAGCAGAAGGAUAUUGCAGCUGCCAGAGAUAGCUUAAAAGCUACAAGAAGUUCCUCAGAUGAUUCUCCCUAUCAGCUAUCCAGGGCAAGAAGGAGGGAAAGUAACAGUGCACAGGAGGAAAAUUAUUCUUUGUUCAACAUGGAACUGAUAAAGAAAUUUCAUAAUGCACGUAGUCCAUCAAGCAGUCCAUCUGGAAAUAUUACAGUGGCUGACUCUGGCUUUGAGAGUCCUUAACCCUUUAACUCUAUGACGUGAUUGACAUAUAACUUCUCCUUACAAUAUCCCUACAUAAUACAGCAAACAGGUAGUGAGAAUGCUCAAACUUAUCAGGUUAAAAUAGGCCAAUUUACAGUUGUGUAGUUAGUUGCCAAGCCUUUGAUUUGGAGUGAGGCUGAAGGUGAUCUUGUUGUGAUGGAGACCAAUAUCUAGUUAGCAUGAUAACAAAGAAAUUUGCAUUUGAAAAGCAGCAAGGUUUUUAUCAUA